AUGUUCAAGGAACCCGAGCCAGAUAUCAAAGAAGGCAUCGAAUACUGGAACACGCAACCAGCAAGCUUGGAUGGUGUCCUUGGUGGUCUAGGAUCUGGAAGUCUGCCCAGGGUAGAUGCCGUUGGAUCUCGUCUAUUCCUCUUGAGUAUUUUGCCCGAACUAUGCACCGUCCCCUCUGCAUUACGCCCUCUGUCUCCCCUUUCGACACCCGGAUAUCGCACAAGGGCAUUGGAUGUCGGUGCAGGCAUCGGCCGCGUCACCGCGGACGUUCUUCUUCCUCUGGUAUCCGAUGUCGUCCUUCUGGAACCAGUCGAUCACUUCGUCCAAGAGGCUCUUACAAGGGGACGUAACAGUAUAUCUCAUCACAAAAGAGCCUGGAAAGGGAUCGCCCACAAAACGAAAAGCGUAACUAUCCUUCAAGGGACACUACAAUCUUUUCAUCCGACUUCGCCAAUUAACACGCCUGACGUGAAGUUUCUGGAUCGCGUAGGCUUCUGUCCCCCGACUGGCUCGGACUCGGACGCGAAUUCAGGCUUUGACGUGAUUUGGUGCCAAUGGUGUCUCGGGCAUUUGAAUGACCAAGACUUGGUUGCGUUCUUCCAGCGGUGUCACAAGGCACUAAGAAAUCGAGACCGAAGCUUGAUCAUUGUGAAGGAGAAUUUAUGUCGAGAUGGUGAUGAUGGACAAGGACGAACGUCUUUCGAUGAGCAAGACUCUAGCUUGACGAGAUCCGAUGGCGCCUGGAAGUCUGCCUUUAAAUCAGCAGGCCUUCACCUCAUCCAUGAAAAAGUUCAAGGAGGCUUUGAAGAAGGGCUUUACCCAGUUAAAAUGUUAGCAUCGUCUAUUGCAUAUUAA